CAGCGCGAUCCCUCCCCGCCGGCACAUAUUCCGCUUAACGUAAACCUUUAUGUUUCGCGCAACUUUAUUUUUCCUUCGCUCCGCGUGCUUCUCCCCGCAAUAAUUAAUUUUUGUAUAAAACGCGUCGCGACUCAACUUCCUUCCUUUCCCUUUCCGUAUACUCUGCGGUUUAAUUCUCUUUUUUUCUCCUUCAGUUUUAAUGGAGCUUAGUGAUAUUGAACAGUUUAUUUCUGAAAACAAUUCUUACCUCUCUGAAGUUCCUGAGCCCUCUCUUGUUUUUUCACCAUACAUUCAUUCGAACCCUUCAUUAAACGCAAUUCCUCAACAUGAAGGUAUACUCUUCAUCCCGCCUCCAUCCUUACCAAUUGACUCUUUAGAAGUGAAAGCAAAAACUUUAAAACGAUCACGACCCUCUCAAACCAUUCAUGAACUACUAACCCCCAUAAAUUCAAACACAUUAAACCAAUUGCAUUUUCAAUAUCAACAACAGCAAUUACAACAACGACAACCACAAACACAGCAAACGCAGCAAACACUAGACGCGCUUGAACCACAUGAAACGACUGAUUUUUUUGCCUGUGGAUUAAAUGCAGCACCAACGUAUCUCACUGACUCAGUGAAUGACACGGAAAAUCAAUUACCGCCUGUGUAUUUGGCCUCUACGCAGAUAAACUCGCCGUACAUACAUUAUGGUAAAACAUGGCCGGUACCUUCAAAACCAGACGGCGGCACUCUGCAAUUACAGCAUUACAGAACACUACCACCCAACUUCCCGAUCAAUCCACUGUUCCCUCUCUUUUAUGUGUCUAUUCCUGCGCCCACUUCAAUAUACACUCCUGCUACCGACGAUUCUGGUGUUGUUUAUACAGAGAAUCUGCCUGAUUACGACCUCUAUACGCCACGUUACUCUAAAGGAGCAGGUAUGGAGAAGGAAGCUUUGUGCCCGGUCUGCUUUGAAGCGAAGAAGGAGGUCUGGCUUCGGACAAAGACAAGUGCCUAUUGGUACCACAUGAAUUUCGCGCACGGUAUCAACACAAAAGGUCAGCAAUACCUGCCACCAACUGCAUUCCGAACUGUACCACUUGGACGCCCAAAACGAACCAUUGGCAUACCUGACCGUAAGACCAUCAUCCAAGGAAAAUGUCACCAAUGCCGGCGUUGGAUAGGAUGUCAGGGACGAAAAAACAAAGACCCUAAAAUUAUGGAAAUCUUCUGGUGGAAGCACGCAAACAAAUGCCAUAAAAGCGCACCAGAUGAAACAGGAUUUUUCACGAAACCCCAAUGUAACGCAGUUUAAAUAGUUUGAAAACAUAUCUUUUACAUCGACACUUCAUCGACCAAGUACAUUCUUCUUUGGCAAAAAUUUUGUUGUUGUAGAUAAACUAUAUAGCACAUAACCCCUCUAAGCCAUAU